AACGCCUCGACCAAUCGCGACGCGGCACGGCUCGUCCAAUCACGGUACAGCGUGUGUGUAUAAAAGCUGCUGCUUCACCAGAGCUAGCAUGAUCGAGUCAUGGCCUUCCUGUGGAUCCUCUCCUGCCUCGCCUUCGUUGGCGCCGCCUACGGCUGCGGUAGCCCCGCCAUCCAACCCGUCAUCACCGGGUACUCGCGUAUCGUGAACGGUGAGGAGGCUGUCCCUCACUCCUGGCCCUGGCAGGCGUCCCUGCAGGACUACACCGGCUUCCACUUCUGUGGUGGCUCCCUCAUCAACGAGAACUGGGUUGUGACCGCCGCCCACUGCAACGUCAGGACCUCCCACCGCGUGAUCCUCGGCGAGCAUGACCGCUCCUCCAACGCUGAGGACAUCCAGGUCAUGAGGGUCGGCAAGGUCUUCAAGCACCCCAAGUACAACGGCUACACCAUCAACAACGACAUCCUGCUGAUCAAGCUGGCCUCGCCCGCCCAGCUCAACAUGCGCGUCUCACCCGUCUGCGUGGCCGAGAGCACCGACAACUUCCCCGGCGACAUGAGAUGCAUGACCAGCGGCUGGGGUCUGACCCGCUACAACGCUCCCGACACCCCCGCCCUGCUGCAGCAGGCCUCCCUCCCCCUGCUGACCAACGAGAGGUGCCGUCAGUUCUGGGGCAGCAAGAUCACCAGCCUGAUGAUCUGCGCUGGCGCUGCCGGAGCUUCCUCCUGCAUGGGUGACUCUGGUGGCCCCCUGGUCUGCCAGAAGUCUGGCGCCUGGACCCUGGUCGGCAUCGUGUCCUGGGGAAGCGGCACCUGCAGCCCCACCAUGCCUGGCGUGUACGCCCGCGUCACCGAGCUCCGCUCCUGGAUGGACCAGACCAUCGCUGCCAACUGAGCUGCCUCACUUUCAAUCUCAAUAAAAGUCUCAGUCUGAA